AUGUGCAUCCUGAAGCUGCCAGUAGUUCUCAUUGCGCUCUCUGUUGCAUUAAACCAUCCGAAAGCUACACCUAUUGAAAGUCAUCAGGUGGAAAAAAGGAAAUGCAACACUGCCACGUGUUCGACUCAGUGCCUGAAAAAUUUUUUAGUUCAUUCCAGCAAUAAUCUUGGUGCCGUUCUCUAGCCUACCAAUGUGGGAUCCAAUAUGUAUGGAAAGAGGAAUACAGUUGAGAUUUUAAACAGAGAACCAUUGAAUUACUUACCCCUUUAG